AUGAAACUGGAGAGUGCCUCUAUUUCCUGCUUGUUGCUGCUGUGCUUGGUCAUACCGGAGACUCAAAGUCGAGUACUCCAGCCAUCCGUAGACAUUCGAAGUCUUUUCCCUAAAAUGGCCACAGCUGCACACAGAAGAAGUGAUCCUGAUAUCGACCCAUCAUGGUACACUGGUCGUGGGAUCCGUCCUGUGGGCCGGUUUGGUAGGAGAGGCACUAGCUGGGAAGACUCUCAAAAGUCCAUGUACAGGCCACUGGGCCAGACAUGUGUCCCAAUAAAAGACAGCGCCGAGCAGAAUGAUGACUUCUAAAACUGCAUGCGUGGUGGUGUCAAAUCAUCUUUUGCCUAUGUACUGUAUAUAUUUAGAAGAUAAACAGCCCUUUAAUCUUCCUCUAAUUGGAAGCACAUAGCCAUACUGAGAGCUGAAUUGGCUUUUUAUUACCAAACUGUGUACACAACACAUACUUAUUUUUAUGUAUUAAGCUGAGAAUUUAAUAUCGCUGACUCUGCAGGACUGUACAGAGAAUACAAUCACCUCCGUCAUGGUCUCCAAUAUUGCUCAUUAUUUAUUACCUUGGCCUCACAUAUACAUACACUCUAGGGGCAAUUUCAUUUAUUUACAUGUCCAGUUUUUAUGAAGCUUAUAAAUACUUUGCAGACCAUGAGGUUCAACUUCUGAGCCUUUGCCUGGGGUGUAACUAGAAUAGCGCCAGAACAUGCGACUGCUAUGGGGCCCAGGGCAAGAGGGGGCCCAGUCUUAGUUGGGAUUAUCUCCUCUUCUACUGGAGGUGAAAACUUGGUCAGGACUCUACACUCUAAAGGAACAACUUUUAGCAAAUGAGGCAGUGGAAAAAAUGGUUCAAGGGUAAUUGAAAGGAGUUUAGGCGGUAACCCUUCUGUCCUGUGGGGGGCCUGGUCUGAUCUUUGCUAUGGGGCCCUUACUUCUCUAUGUACGCCACUGGUCCUUUGCCUUCACGCAAACUAAUAUCAUGGCUUUCAUUCCUAAAAAGUACCUGUCACCUUUCCUGACAUGGCUGUUUAAGAAACUACUUUCAUGCCCAUAUAAUAAAGAUUCUGGAGCAUCUAUUCUUAUGACUUUACGAUGUACCAUUCCCCUAUUAUUCCUUCUGCAGUCUGCAAGGUCCUACUGGGUGUUACCAGUUGGGGGUGUGCCCCAUGCUUAGUCUGACAUUAUCCAAUCAGUGCUGCCAGUGUCACGUGGCCCUGCAAAAAAUAUAUAAC